AUGAGCAGCAGAGGCGACUUAUUUGUGCUCUUACUCCUACUCACCACACCGAUUUUAUUUCGAGUACUUGUCUGCGGUCAAGCCCAACAAGAAUUCCUUAACCAAAUCCAGCAGCCUCCUCUUUUUGCUGACGUCGGAUCUCAAAAUCCUUCUACUUACACAGAGUAUGAAGGAAACCUGGUAAGAUAUGGAGAGGCGUUUGGCGAUCGCUACAUCACGGAUAAUCAACGACAGAACGGUCUCAACGUUCGCUUGCACAAUUUCUUCCCUUUCUACGGUGGACGUUAUAACUAUACAUUGAUCUCUACGAAUGGUUACAUCAGCUUCGCGUACUUCUCGGAUGACUCCUCCACACUACAGCUGGGACUUGACGUUGAUUGGCCAACGCAAAGUGAUCCGGCUGUAAUUGCACCUUAUCUGUGCAAACAACGUAUACAAAGCGGUCAAGGUGUUGACUCCAGAGUAUUCUAUAGAGUGGAAACUCGCAGAGGCCCCGUACAAGCUAGCCGUGAUAUAAUAUCUGGUCGUCCACCAUGUCUAGGAAAACCAGCACAUUUCCGCUGUGAUGAGCAAUCGGAAAGAUUCCUCGAUGCGCUUCAGAAGACUUUACAACAAGGGGUAGCUGGAGCGAGUACAUUUCGUGCAGAAGCAGCCUUAGUGGUGACGUGGAAAAACUUGCGACCAAACAUCGGAAGCGAGCAUGGGCUGUCUACAUACCAGCUCGUGUGGAUGUCCGAUGCUCAGGGUCUUUUGUCCUACACAAUGAUAAAUUAUUACAAACUCGGAUUCGAUGCUGCUGACAUGUACGGAAAUUCACGCACAGGAAAAUGUCAGGCUUUAUUCAACGGAGGGAAUCACACCGGAUCAGUCCAAGUCGAUCUGUCGGAAAUAACCAAGCAACAGCCUUCAUCUCUCGCUUCUCGCUCCUCUGUCCCACACAUUGCUAGAGGAAGGUACUUUCAUCGAGUUGAUGACGUCGUGCGACCAGCCGGGUGCGGCAACAAAACUGGAGGGACUUUCCCCCUGUUAAUUUAUCCAAACAUCGUGACCAUGCUUGGUCAGACGAAAGUGGACGUCAACGGGAUGUGCUUGAAUCCAGCUAUCACCUACGUUCUUAUGAUUGAACAGCGACAAAUGGCAAAAUGUGAGAUUUUGAAUCCAUCCAUAGCACGGUGUACGCUGCCGAAAAUACUGGAUUGGGGUACGAAGACGGUUUAUUUCCAGCCGCAGUCUGGAUUAUCAAAUGACGAAAAGGCUUACGUAGGAUUCAUUUAUUUUGUACCUCCUACGCUUGAUCCUAUGCGUCUGGAUAUUGGAAAUAUCCACUCCUGGUAUAUUAAUCCGCCUCCAGCUCAGAUGACUAUAAAGUGGUACCCACGAAAUUUCACCGCAUCGCGAACGUUUGCUCCUGGCGAGACAGUGAAUUAUUUCGAUGACAGCAUCUACAACGUACAGCUUGGUUUGUAUGUAGUCGGCUAUAAGGAAGCACAGGAUGUCAAUUUACGCAAGUUUGUUCCUCAACACAGGGUCCUGGCAAGGUUAGCCACGUACCAAAAUCGUGCUGACGAGCUGUACAAAUGGAAUCCAAUGGUUGAAAUCUAUCACUUAGAUAGAGUGGACGAAUGGUACCUCGACAGCUAUGAGGUGCGAGACGAGCUUUUCAGUUAUAGACUUGGUUAUCUGAAACUGGCUCCAGUUGCACAAGACGCAUUUGUCACAACAGGAGGAUAUUUUGAUCUCUCAGAAGGAAUAAUUUCCGCUCCAAUCUCACUGCACUGGUUAUGGACGCUGCCACAGGACGGCGAAUUCCAAGGAAAUAGGCAAGACAGACAGGAAAAACUUACCUUCGUUAAGGAGAAGGCACGAGAAAUGUGUCACGAAUGGUUCAAUGAGGAUGGGGCUCUUUCUAACUUCAUUCGUGAAACGGAAACAAACUCCAGUUGUCCUUGCAAGGAAGAGCAGGCGAAGAUGGAUCUUGGACGAUUUAUGCCGCACCCAAGAUGCAGUUCGCUUUUCCGAGAUGUGACUUGUACUGAAACUCUGGGCUCUACGAACUGUUACAUGUCGGCGCAGAACGUACGCGGGUCAACAUACAGGCAAACCGCUGAAGGGCGCGAGGAAGAAAGCUCAUACUCGACUCACUAUGGCCAAACGUGCUGCUAUGAUGCGCGUGGGUUUCUGAUGCAGUCAACUUAUCAGCCGGUUGUCAAGAUCGACGAAAGCACACCGUACUCUCCAGGAGUACCAACACGAGCAUUCGAGUUGGGCAGUGCACCGUUUCAGGGCAUGUUCGAGGUGCCUGGUCUGUCUACAUUCCAUCACGAUAUUAUGCCGUAUUACCUCUGUUGUAAAUAUGCUGACUUCCGUUGUCAACUUUUCUACUGGCGAAGACCUUCAAGUGCAUGCCAGGCUUACGAGCCACCUGUGAGCGGAUCUAUUUUGGGCGCAGGCAUUGUGUCAACCUUGAACAAUAGAAACUUCGUCUUUAACGAACCGGGCAUUUUCACAUUAUUACAUUCUCAUAAAACGAUUUCGACUCCUGAAGUUCAAAUCCAAGUGCGUAUGGAGCGAUUUCCAGACAGAAGCGUGGAUUUCGGCGCAUUAGACAUUGCUCAACGAGAUUUAGUACAACCAACAAACACUACUGUAGUAACUGGAGUAGUCUUGUCAUCUGAUAGUGCAGACAGGGUGCAUGUGGUUCUACGGAAAGAUACCUAUCGGCAGCGAUACAAAACAUCCAUAAUUGUUGGGAAUGUGAUACGAUAUUUUGAUAACAUGUACAUUCAACGUUUCAGAGGAGUGACCGUGUACGUGAAUAACGUCGAGAAGGGUCAAUCAGAAAUCUACGUAGUACUGGACGAGGCUCAAAUUGGAAUCAGGAUCCGCGAAUCUUAUGCUAUUGACAUCGAUAGGAAAUUUAACUACAUGGAAAGCCUGGGUCUGUUGGACCUGCAAAUAUCAGUACCUCCCCAUUACAAAGUUCUAACUCCGCAUCCCAGAACUCCCGACAUGCCACGAGUAGAAGGACUGAUCAAUCCAUUUCCGGAUGAGCCAUUCCAGCAACAGUAUUCCCAACUCACAUGGACCAGCGUGAAUGACCAGGGCACUCGAUCUCAGCUUAUGAAGUAUAAGAUCAAAGGAGAAUUGGAAACAAUGAAUGUAAAUCUUCAAGCCGAAGAUGUCACUGAUCUGUUUGCUUCCAGGAGCGACAGAGAAAACCUGUUCCAGGCAUAUGCGGAUCACUAUCUGAAAGGACCUGUGUAUAAAACUUCAUCGAAAUAUCACACAACUCGUCACAUGUUCCAUCCACAGACGGAGAACGACUUCAGGAAUUUCUUAACGUUCUGCAAGACACCUAGAAGAGAUCCCGACUACGAAUCUCCCGAAGAACGACAAAUAUAUCUACGUUGUCCAACUGAUCUUGGAUCUCUUGAAUCGGAUUGUGGAAAUGACGUCCCCUGUUUGUAUGACUCCGUCAUGCUCCAAGCUCGUUUACUUGGCGAAGAAGCACGAAUGUCCUACAAUUACUACCUCAAUCAGCGAAUGGAAAGUGCAGCACGAUACAAUUCCUGCGGCGCGAUGAACAUCGAAUAUCCUGAGUACCUUAUUAAGGGACCGUCAAGCGGAGAACCAGCCUAUCUAGAAGGCGACAAGCUUUCGUUCAGCUGUUUUCAAACACACGUAAUAAUGGGCGACACUGAGUUCCAAUGUCGAAAGAUCAGAAACGAAGAUGAUAGCACAUGGCGAAUGCAAUGGACGCAGGGCGAACAGCCCUGGUGCAGGCAUAGAGCCAAGGACAACAUCUUGACGUGGUUACUAUGGAUAUCUAUUGUUAUGGGCAUAAUCCUUCUAUUAGUCGCUGUAUUCACUGUUUGUUGGGUAUUCAAACAGUCAGAUCGGAAAAAACGUAUUCCUCAGAGAAGUCCAAGUAUAGUGAAGCCCGAAAAUGUAGUACCGUUGAACUUCUACGAAAAGCCAGGAUCGCUAGAGCCGACGCCAGACAUAUCAGAGGUGCAAACAUUUGAAAGAGAACCGAGAGGUCGAACAACUGUAUUGCAUCGGACGCUAUCGCCAGUCUACUCGAUACAAUCCACUCCCAGCCGUGGUUCACCAUUCAUGCGGUUGCCAGAGUUUUCAUCAGUAUGA